UAGAUAAAUCUCAAACCUCACUCACACCAUACUAAGCGUUACUACUAUUUCUUCAUUCCAACCCCAACUCCAAAACCAAAACCCCCCAAAAGCCAAAAACUUAAAAUAAUUUCCCAAACCACAAAAGGAAAAAAAAACCCUAAUUGGUUGUAUUUAUUUUCUCAAAAUAAUUAUUUAUUUUAUUUUAUGUAUGUAUGUAUAUAUAUUGGAAAAUAAAUAUAAUUAAGGGAUUGGAUUUGAAGAGGUGUUGUUGUGAGAGAAGAGGAGGCAAGAGAGGAAGCAGUUGUUUAUGGUUAAACCAUCAUCAUAUAUUUUUUUGUUUCUCAUAUCACUCACAUAUCAUAUGGAAAACAACCAAAACCACAACCCACACCCAAACCUAGACAACCACCACCACCCUUGGGGCACGAAGGAAGACCUCUUGCUAGCCUUCGCCGUCGAACGCCAUGGCUUCAACGACUGGGACAACGUCGCCAUGGAGCUCCAGUCCCGCAUCAACCGCCGCCUCUUCACCGCACACCACUGCCAGGAGCGGUUUCACGAUCUCGACCGCCGAUUCGGUGACCAAUGCAACGGCGCCGCCGCCUCCGAUCACGUCGUCCCCUGGCGUGAAGAAGUGCGGAAGCUCCGCUGCGCCGAGCUCCGGCGUGAUGUCCAGCGCCACGACGUCAACAUUCAAUCGUGGGAGAAAGAGGUGAAGAGGUUACAGGAAUUGAAAGAGAAGGAGAAGAACGCGAAGGAGGAUGAAAAACCAGAUCCGGCGGUUUCCGGCGAGAAGCGGCUGCCGGUAAACGACAAAGGCGGAGAACAAGAAGUGGCUGGACCGGUGAAUUCCGAACCGGAGGAUAAGCUGCUACCAACAGCGGGUGAGGAAUCGGACCGGGAGAACCAGUCGGUUAACGAGUCCAACUCGACCGAUUCGAGGUUUGAGGUGGCGAAAACCGGGGAAGGUGACGUGAAAUUAGGACCUGGACCGGCUCCGGUUCAAUCCGGUCCAAACGAACCGGAUCCGGUUACGCGGAAGAGAAAACCGGUUGGGGAAGAAUCGAAUAACGGAAGCUAUGAUACCGAGGCUAAGGUUCCGACGUGUGAGUCGGUGCCUCCGAGUGAGGAGAGGAAGGCGGCGGCGGAGGAGGGAUCGUCGGAGUUGAAUGACUCGGUGGCGGCUCACUCGGGAGAUGGAGGAGGGACGAGGGAGAGCAGCGAUGUGCAGAGCUCGGCGAGCUUGACGAGGAGGAGGAAGACGCAGCGGCGGAAGGAGGUUUCCGGCGGCGGCGAGGUGGCGAUGGUGAAAUCUGAGCCGUUGGUUGGCGUGUGGGAGCUGAUCAAAGGACAUGAGAACAUUUCAUUGUUCGAGCGCCGUCUUGAAAACCAGGAGGACUCGGAUAGGUACAAAGAAACGGUGAGACAGCAUGUAGACUUGGAAACCAUACAACUGAGACUUCAAAAGGGUUCCUAUUCCUCGUGCACCAGCGCAUUCUUUCGGGACCUUCUCCUUCUCUUCACCAACGCCACCGUGUUCUUCCCUGAAGGCUCCACUGAAUCGCGGGCGGCGCAGCAGCUGCACCACAUUGUCAUCUCUGAGAUGAGAAGCCAUGGCCAGUCGCAAUCCGACCCUUCACCCCAGAAGAGUGAUUCACUCCCUCCAAACGCACCACCGGCCAAACCAGAUUCUCUCCUCUCCAAGCACCAAGCUUCUGCUCCUAUUUUAGUUUGCCGCAAGCGAAGUUCAAUCUCAGCCAAAGCUUCCCCAGCAACCUCUGGCCAGAAGAGUGACACCCAAACCAUCGCCAAUGACAAGAAGGAAAAGCCACCUUCUGAUGCAAAACCACCCUUAAAACCUUCUAAUUCCGAGACAGACGAGGAGGAGGCUCCCAAGACCAAGGAAAAGCCCGUCACCACCGGAGCGAGAAGCCUGAGGAGAAGCAACAAGAAUCUCAACACCAACACUAGCAAUAAGAAACCUUCUUCUAACUCCACCACUAAAGGAGGGUCCUCGACGAGCAAGUCUACCGAGACCUUGAAAUUGGAGAAGAGCAAAGCAGAGCCGGUGCCUGAAAAGAAGAGGAACGCUGCCGCUGAUUUCCUGAAACGUAUUAAGCGAAACACUUCAGUGGAGGCGCUGAAGAGUGGUGCAGCAGCAGGAGGAGGAAGUAACAGCAGCAGCAAGGGUGGUGGUGGAGGUGUGAAAGAGCAGAAGAAACCGGUGAAUAGUGCAAAGGGGGAUAAAGGAAAAGAAAAGGCUUCAAGGAAUAACAAUGAAGGAGGGCCAGGGUCAGGAGAUAAAAGGAGUAAGAAUACUGCUGAGAACUCGAAGAGGAGUGUUGGGAGACCUCCAAAGAAGGCAGCUGAGACCACUCCUGUUAGUGCAAAGCGUGGGAGAGAAAGUGGUGCUAGUGGGGGGAAAGAUAAGCGACCCAAGAAACGUUCUAAGAAAUGAUUUUAAGUUUCUUAGGUUAGUAUUUUUUGUUUGUUUCUGUACAUUAUAUUGCUAAAGCAUGGGUUUCUUUAUUUAUUUUAUACUGCUAAAUUAUUGAUCAGCUGUUGUAGCCCGUAGUCAUCAUUCCCUGGUACAUGUAACAUUGUUUUUAUUUUGGGCUUAAAACUUGUAACAUCAUUGUUGUCCUUUUGCGGACUGCUUUUCUUGAUUUUGUUUUAAUAGGAAAGGAAAGCUUGCGUUUA